CCGACUCUUCGGUUUGGACAGUAAACGUAGCAGUUGCCCCGGAGGUUCUUCUUCUUCGCCUGCCGUCAACAAAACCGGAGUGCUGGCUGCUAGUUUACAGAGCUUUGAGAGGGUUUUUUGGCACGAAUUUGUACACAAAAAACGAAAAUGGCUGAAGUAGAAGAAACUCUGAAGAGGAUUCAGGGCCAGAAAGGAGUUCAGGGAAUCAUCGUCGCCAAUUCAGAGGGAAUCCCCAUCAAGUCGACUCUGGACAACUCGAGCACGGUGCAGUAUGCCGGGCUGAUCCACCAGCUGGUGAUGAAGGCCAGGAGCACCAUCCGAGACAUCGACCCCCAGAACGACCUCACCUUCAUGCGCGUGCGCUCCAAGAAGAACGAGAUCAUGAUCGCUCCAGAUAAAGACUUUUUCCUCAUCGUCAUCCAGAAUCCAUCAGAUUGAAGAUGAAGGAGCUGACAUCUGGCUGUUCGCUCUCUUUAUCACUCUCAUUUAAACGGCCCAUUUUCUUUUUCUCGUUAAAUCAAAAAUUGUGUUUAGCAGAAGCUUUUUCACGGGAAGUAAUGUUGUAAGGUCAGGAUGUGAAGGUGGAGA